GCAGACACGGGCGAUGUCCUCAGGAACGCGAACAGGCUGUUGGCAGCGGCAGCAGGCUUCGUGGCACUAGCUGCCGAGCAGAACGCACUGAUGUUCAAGGACGAGGGCACAUUGGAUCUGGCGGUGCAGUGCAUGGCGUCUCUGUACAGCGAAGGCCGACCAGGCAUGCUCCUGGAAGAGGACAUGGUUUCUGCACAGCGUUCCCUGGUCAGCAUCAUUCUGGAAUGCGCAGAAGCCUCCGGGCAGGGCAGGUCAGAUCUGAUGAUGGCAGCGCUCAAGAACUCAGUGCUGCGGGACCAUCUCUGCUGGCUGUGGCGCAUGGGCAAUGACAGCAGCGAUGAGGUGCUGGCGGAAGCUGCCCUGCUGGCGGAGCAGGUGCUGCGUGUGCUGGGAGUGGAGCAUGCCAGCCUGGACGACAUGCUCUGCCAGGCGCCUCCUAUGCUGGUUGGUUCUAAGACCAAGUCUCUGACAAGCCUGCCCGUCUCCACCACUGCAUCAGGCUCGGAUGAGAUGAAGCGCACAUUCACAGCUCCAAAUGACCGCGGCCUGCGCUCCUGGUUCCGGGGGACCGCCAACCGCAAGGCUUACACCCUUGUCAUGGUCUGAUGAGUCACCGGCAGCAUGUGCCAGCACAUGCGCCCUUGCAUGGCAUUUGCAUGGCACCGUAUGAUUGCCUAAUCGGCAUCUGUGCUGCUUGCUGCGGGCGUGGGAUCACAACACGGCAAGACCAGUCAAGACCGGUGAAUAUCACUCAAGAAUUCUGGGAAGUUAAGUUUUGGACAGGCAGCUGCCACAGUACUGCAGCAUGUUGCAAGACAGCCCUUUGAGGCUUGCUGGGUUUCAAGCAGUAAUUCCAAUGAAGUGGUCUGAGUCAUCACCAGCCAAGUUGCUGUGACACACCAGUCAUAUUGCAAGCCCUGUGUUGUCCUCUAAGCAAAUAGUUUGAGGCAUGGAUCAAGAAGGCGUGUACAGCGUGAUUCCACUCCAGUGAUGUACAGCAAGUCAAUUUUACUAAAUAUGAAAUUUCACGAAGUUUUUAGUGUGGAAAUGGUGAGGAAAAUUGGCAUGUCUACCAGGCGAUGAUAGUCAUUCAAGGCAGAAGGUGUAUGUGUUUGGGAAAACGUUGCAAAUUCAUGAACAGAAUUUGCAGUUGAUCAGCUGAUCGAUCAGCUGAUAUCAGGUUUAUCCAUGCCAUGAUAAUUUUGUAUGAUGAUGACGAAUUGUCAAGGGUGCACAUGUAAUAUAUAUUCAGGAC